CACGCGUGAGUAACAUGCAAACUUUGUGAUGUUAUCAUAGACCGUUAUGUCUGUGGGUGCUAUGCAGAAAUUACCAUAGACAGUUAAAGAAAAUUAUCCGGGAUGUGGCUAACAGUUGAUGGGAAAUAACCGCAAGGGGCAGUAUUUUUUCCUUUUCUUUUUCUUUUUACAGCAAACGUUGGAAAUCGAGGCGGAAGUCAACAAAGACCACAUCCUGUUGUGUCCCUGAGCUAAGCUACAAGAAUGGCGGAUGAGGAGGACGAGACUGGCUUCGAUGAGGAGUUGGAAGACGGAUCCAGCGGAGUGGAUGUCGGCCACGGGAAGAGAAAGAGGCUCUUCUCCAAGGAGCUCCGAUGUAUGAUGUACGGAUUUGGAGACGACCAGAACCCGUAUACUGAGUCUGUGGAUAUUCUGGAGGACCUGGUCAUCGAGUUUAUCACGGAAAUGACCCACAAAGCCAUGUCUAUUGGACGCCAGGGCCGCGUCCAGGUGGAGGACAUCGUUUUCCUAAUUCGCAAAGACCCCCGGAAAUUCGCCAGGGUCAAAGACCUACUGACCAUGAACGAAGAGCUGAAGAGAGCCCGUAAAGCUUUCGAUGAAGCAAAUUAUGGCUCAUGAAAAAUGUGUAACAUAACACUUUUCUUUUUACCUAAACCUAAUUUGAAAACUUUCUUUUUAUUGAAGUUUAACUGGAUGGUUCAUUUGCUGAUCUGUAUUCUUGAGGUUGUUGUUUAGCCUUGACUUGUGAUUGUUCAUUAUUUCAUUUGGUGGUAUAUGACAGUGACAAGAAGGCCAAAGUGUUUCCUGGCACCAUGUUGUCUUGGACUGUCUUAAUAAAGAAACAUACUGUUUUCAGUUGCUCAGUUAUUAAUUUCACUACCAGAAUACCCAGAAAAGACUGCUCCCUAGAUCUGUACAGUGACAUUUAAGGUUCAACUUUUAACAUGCUUUUAGUUUUAGUCAUCAAACCAUUGCUCGUAAAGUUGUAAAUGACCCCAGAAAGUGUGCAGCCACAGUCUCCCCCUCAACUUGGUACAGUGUUCUAAUGACUAGA